AUGGAUCGGCCGGCCACAGGAAUAGGUUUGGACAUGCCUAUCAUGCAUGAUAGUGACCGCUACGAUUUCGUUCGCGAUAUUGGAUCUGGAAAUUUCGGCGUGGCUAGACUUAUGAGGGAUAAGCAAACGCAAGAGCUUGUUGCUGUCAAGUAUAUAGAACGCGGGAAAAAGAUUGAUGAAAAUGUUAAAAGAGAAAUCAUUAAUCACAGGUCUCUAAGACAUCCUAACAUUAUCAGGUUUAAGGAGGUCAUUUUAACACCUACCCAUCUGGCCAUUGUAAUGGAAUAUGCAUCUGGAGGAGAACUAUUUAAUCGAAUUAGCAAUGCAGGGCGUUUUACUGAGGAUGAGGCUCGUUUCUUCUUUCAACAACUCAUAUCUGGGGUCAGCUAUUGUCAUGCAAUGGGUAAGGCUGCAUAUAAUUAUCGUCCAUACCUUUGCAUAGCGAGGAAGGAAGUGUGUCACCGGGACUUGAAGUUGGAAAACACUUUGUUGGAUGGAAGCCCAGCAGUCCAUUUGAAGAUAUGUGAUUUUGGAUAUUCCAAGUCUUCGAUGCUUCAUUCACAACCUAACUCAACUGUGGGAACCCCUGCAUAUAUUGCUCCAGAAGUAUUGCUGAAGCAAGAGUAUGAUGGCAAGAUUGCGGAUGUCUGGUCAUGUGGAGUAACCUUAUAUGUGAUGCUAGUGGGUUCAUAUCCUUUUGAAGAUCCUGAAGAUCCAAGGGAUUUCCGGAGGACAAUUCAGAGGGUUCUCGGUGUCCAGUAUUCCAUUCCAGAUCAUAUACAAAUAUCUCCUGAGUGUAGCCACCUUAUCUCAAGGAUAUUUGUUUUUGAUCCUGCAGAGAGAAUCACUAUUCCUGAAAUAUUGAAAAAUGAAUGGUUUCUGAAGAAUCUCCCUCCUUACUUGAUGGAUGAAAAGAUCAUGGGUAAGCAAUUUGUAGAGUCAGAUCAACCCAUCCAGAGCAUUGAUACAAUCAUGCAGAUAAUUUUAGAAGCUACCUUACCACCAGAAGGGACCUAUUCUUUAGACCAGUUUAUGGCUGAUAACAUAAUAGAUGACAUGGAUGAAUCUGACUCUGACUUCGAGCAAGAUGUAGAAAGCAGUGGGGAAAUAGUGUAUGCCAUGUAA